CGAGCGGAGGGAGGGCUCUACCUCCUUAUCGCCGUCAUUCGGGUGGAAGCGAGCGAGCGAGCGACGGAGCGUGCGGCGUGCGGACAUCUCGAAGCGGAAUCACGGCAGGUUGAAAGCAAGAGAAGAAGCAAGUCGAGCUUUACCAGUCAUUCCAGUUGAGGUGAAAGGUCAACACCCAUCAUGGCGGACGACGCGGACAUGCGCAACGAGCUGGCCGACCUGCAGACUCGUGCGGACGAGAUAGCCGAUGAGUCGCUGGAGAGCACUCGCCGCAUGAUAGCUCUCGUGGAGGAGAGUAAAGAUGCCGGCAUCAGGACUCUGGUCAUGUUGGAUGAGCAGGGAGAGCAACUCGAUCGCGUGGAGGAGGGCAUGAACAAGGUCAACGCAGACCUGAAGGAGGCCGAGAAAGAUUUAAAAGAUAUAGGACAGUGCUGUGGGCUCAUAUGUCCGUGUAUUAAAAAGAUUAAGGGCGGGGGCCAGGCCUGGGGUGGCAACCAGGAUGGAGUGGUGAACAGCCAGCCCGGCGCUCGAGUGGUGGACGAGCGCGAGCAGAUGGCCAUCAGCGGGGGCUUCAUCCGCAGGGUAACAAACGACGCCCGUGAGAACGAGAUGGACGAGAACCUGGAGCAGGUGGGCGGCAUCAUUGGCAACCUGCGUCACAUGGCCCUGGACAUGGGCCAGGAGAUCGACACCCAGAACCGCCAGAUCGACCGGAUCAUGGAGAAGGCGGACUCCAACAAGACCAGGAUCGACGAGGCCAACCAGCGUGCUACAAAGAUGUUGGGCAGUGGCUAAACGGCAUCAAAAAGUACCCCCCCCCCCCCCCGUUCCCCAUCCCCUCUCCCUCACACAAAUGGCCCCAGUCCACCUCCAAACCAAAAACCACAAGACACAAACACAAGAGAGAAACACAACCCAGUGUACCCGUGCCCUUGCGCUUGUUUUGUUGGCCCGCAGGCGCCCGAAAAAAAACCAUGCUUUUAUUGUGUAGGAGUCUGCACAUAUCAUCAUCACGUCAGCCCUCAUCGUUGUGGUCGUCGUGUGUGUUGUUGUGAAAUGAUAGUUGUGUACAUAGACACGUUUAGAUUCCCCAUUCUUUUGUGUGUUUUUUUUUUAAUGUAACAUAAAAUGAAUGAUGCUUGUAGCCACCACUGUACCAGUGUAGUCUUCAUAGAAAUAUGAUGAUCAAAUGGAGGCCAUGCCAGAGAUUGUAUAUAAACUUCUUGUCCUCAGGGAGCCAAAAGCGACUGUUCCAAAUCCAAAGUCUUGUGCAUUUCACCGUAAAACGCGAGUUUGUCUCGACGAGAGACAUAAUAGCUUCAAUCUGACGUUUUUAUCGAUGAGAAAAGAUGUUUUUUUUCCCCACCUCCUCACAUCACAGAAGUCAUGCACGUCAUCGGUCAUUUAUCAACAUGGCCGCCACACGCUAAACACUGCACGUGUACAGUAGGUCACGAGCCUCUUUCCCCGCCCCCUGUCCGCAAUAGUGCCACUCGUUUUUUUUUUUGUUUUUUUUUGUCUCUCAUGUCCAUUCCAGACUGUAACACAUUUACCCUGGAAAAUGCCAAUAAAACCUUCAGAACUGUCGAAAAA